GAAGAUGGACAGAGCUUCAGCCAGAGUUGGGAGCUGGUGGUGCCUGAACAUCUUCAGGAUGGGAAGAGGCCAUACAAGUGCUUGGAAUGUGGGAAGAGCACCAACCAGAGCUCCAGCCUCCUCAUCCACCACUGGGUCCAUACCAGGAAAAGGCCCUACAAGUGUGGGGAAUGUGGGAAGAGGUUUCAGAGCAGCUCCAAUCUCCUGCUGCAUCAGCAGAUUCACACAGAGGAGAGGCCCUCCUGCUGCCCCGACUGCGGGAAGGGCUUCAAGCAAAACUCCACCCUCAUCACCCAGUCCAGCCACACUGGGGAGAGGCCCUAUGAGUGUCCCAAGUGUGGGAAGAGCUUCACCAGCAGCUCUCACUUGACCCAACACCAACAGAGUCACCG